CCUACCCCGGAACGCGGCGCUCGGGGCCCGCGGACACCCGGACCCAGUGUCCGGAGCACCGGCGGCCGGGAGCGGCCUACGGAAGGAGAUGAGCCAACAUGUCUGAGGGCAGCAAGGGGAGCUCGCUGGCCUUUGGCCAGGUGGUAAUCGGGCCCCCAGGCUCUGGCAAGACAACGUACUGCCAUGGCAUGCAGGAGUUCAUGGGCAGGCUUGGGCGCAAGGUGACCGUGGUGAACCUGGACCCUGCCAACGAGACGAUGCCCUACCAGUGCUCCGUGGACAUUGCCGAGCUCAUCACCCUGCCCGACGUGAUGGACAGCCUGAAGCUGGGGCCCAACGGGGGCUUGAUCUACUGCAUGGAGUACCUGGAGGCCAACUUCGAUUGGCUGCAGGAGAAGCUGGCUGCAUUCAAGGGUCACUACUACUUGUUUGACUGCCCGGGGCAGGUGGAGCUCUACACGCACCAUGAUGCCCUGAAGAACAUCUUCGCACACUUGGUCAAGUGGAAUUUCAGAUUGGCUGCAGUGCACUUGGUGGAUUCUCACUACUGCACAGACCCUGGCAAGUUCAUCUCUGUUCUCUGCACCUCACUGUCCACCAUGCUGCACGUGGAACUGCCUCAUGUCAACGUCCUCUCCAAGAUGGACCUGAUUGAGCAAUAUGGCAAACUGGCUUUCAACCUGGAUUAUUACACAGAGGUCCUGGACCUCUCUUACUUGGUUGACCAUUUAGCUUCUGACCCCUUCUUCAGAAACUACCGCCGCCUCAAUGAGAAGCUGGUGGAGGUGAUUGAGGACUACAGCCUGGUGUCCUUCGUUCCACUCAACGUCCAGGACAAGCAAAGCAUGCGGCAGGUGAUGCAGGCUGUGGACAAAGCCAAUGGCUAUUCCUUUGGAGAGCAGGAGCACAGGAGCCUUGAAGCUCUCAUGUCAGCAGCAGUGGGAGCUGAUUUCCACUUCACUUCCACACUUGCAGUACAGGAGAGGUAUGUGCAAUCUCAGGACAAAGCUGUGGAAGAAGAAGUGAUGGAUCUGUAACACACCCACCCCUUCCACGGCUGCUCCCUGUUUUGACACCUCUCCUUUUCCUACCAGGAGCUUAAGUUAUCUCCGGGCUGUGUGACUCAGAUGAAGUGAAAGCUUUUCCAGGCAGAGGUCUGGCUGCUGGACUCCCUCUCUGUAAGGGUUUGACCUCUUGUGCUUCAGCACCACUGCACAGAGCAGUGUUUUUGCAGGAAGGUGAUAGCCAAGUACAUGGAAAGCCAAGUCUUUCCUUAGGAACAUCGGAGAUUUAGCCAGGUGGAGGCAUGGGUAGCAGGAGAAGAGAAACAAGGUAAGGAGACUGACCUCUGCUGUGUCUUCUCCUACCCAUUGUGACCAAGAGAGAUCAAGAGGAAGAAAACUCAAUUGGAGGUGUCACGUCUGCAAUGAGACUUGAGGCAAAAGUCUGGGGUUUAGUGCACAGGAGGAGCAUGUCCAGGCCUCAUGCUCGGAGUAACCAGCCUGAGAAGCCUCCAACCUGUCCCAGGGAGGACAGAGAAAUGGUUGUUACUCUUUUUUUUAAAGUAAUGAUGGACUCUUUCUUAAUAAAACACUCAUCUCGCUUUCA